AUGGCUCCUUCAAACGUCUUCUCCUACCUGCGCCCGCACCAUCGCCGUACCACGUCGCAGCCUACCACCCCCGAGCCACCGCUGUCCGCAAACUCCGUGAACUCGCCUGUCGCCCACUACCAGGAUAUCCCGCCGCCGCCGCCGCGCUUGCACGACAAUGCAAGCAACCACUCUAGUUCCCCCGUCUCGCCCUUCCCUCCCAUACUUCCUCCCAUUCCGAGGAUUGCGUCGCGGUCAAAGCAGCAUCCCACGUCUGCAAAAGAGCAUGCAGGGAAUACCUCGCAGGGCGGCACCCCGGGUCCUGACGGACACCUGCAGGCCCAGCCCUCGCCGGACUCGGGCGCAUCGGCAGACAGCAGGAGGGAUGCCAGAAGGAGACAGAGCUCCUCAGCCAUCUCUGCGCCUACUGGCUUGAGGGUAAAGGGACAACGGCCAAACUAUAGCUCUCACUCUGCCGAGCAACCCUCUACGUUCGCAGCAGCCGAGUCUGCAAGCACAUCAAUGCCAACUAAUUCUCCGUUUAUGAGCCAAUCUUCUCUACCAUCAGUUUUGUCCGCAGCUGAGAAAUCUGCCUCCGGGAAAGGCUCGACAUCUGGUCAACAUAGUAGAAGCAAAAAGAGCUUUAACUUGCGGAAUCCCAUGUCUCUGCUCCUUCGGCGGAGGUCAGGACAGGCAAUACCAAACUUAUCAGACGAGAGUUUAGUCAGCCACAAGAGUCAGGUCGUGCCUGCAAUGGCCCUGGCGGACGACUUUGACCCGAGUAUACGUGGAAACAUAGUGCACGACUUUAGCGCACCAAAAUCGCGGAGAACGCAUUCCUACGACGCUCAUAUCCGAGAUUCUUCACGACUAGAUGCUGAAGUAAAGCAGCAGACUGAUGAUGAGAGUCCCAGCAAACGCGAUCGUUCUCAUACGCCAGUUUUUAAAGAGGAAUUCGAUACUACAGAAAGCGAAGAUAAGAAGCGAGAAUCUGCAGUUAGAGCAGAAACGCUUGCGAACCAAGAUUUCUUGGCCCGCAACGCUUUCCCAGAACAACCAGAUCAUCCGCCGCCUCCGCCGCCGCCAUUCGCAAAACGACGAUCGUUACCCCCUCCGCUCCAACUGGAUAGCGAUGCAGCUGGUCUGGCCCCCGUUCCUGAGGCAAGCCCCAGUCCCACGACCGGUUCCCCGAAUGGAUCAAAUGCAAUUAAGACACCCCCUCAGUCCCGCUCACGGGCAACUUCCGGCUCGAUGGAUCCCAGUUUUCAGCCCGCCGGUCUACCUACACACUUAACGAGUAGAGCAUCUCGGUUUAGCUUUCAAAUUGCUGGUGUCAACUCUUCCGAACAAGAGGAAUUACUCGAAGAGCGGCAUAAGCAGAGGGCUGCUGCGAAAGCAAGAGAGAAAGCUGACAGUAAACUUGCCGGCGACGACGAGGACGGAGACGAGGAAGAAGAGGAUAUGUACGAUUACGACAAUAUGGAUGGUGGGGGUUACGAAGAAGAGAUACCUAUGCUUGGGGAUGAUUAUGGUGACGGUUUUGGUGGCUUCAGUUCGGAUACCGGGUUGGCGGAUAGCCUGCCGGCUUACGAUUUCAGCUCCUUUAACAGAGUGCCAUACACGAACCCACUGAGCCCCAUCGCCGCAAGUGAUACCUUGGGGACGCCGGCAGACGUGCAAGGGAACGCGCUCAGCAACGCAAUGAUGCAAGGCCUUGCACAAGCGCAACAACGAUCGCCGCUCGGUGCUCAUCCGGUGACUGCUGACGAAGAGUCCGAAACAAACGUGCAUGGCCUUGGGCUUAUGGACAUUGGGCCUGGGGCUGCUGAGGGCGAUAUCGGAGCAGGCCACCUUACGCCGGAAGUCAGUCCAGCCUUUCCACAAGAAUCCGGAUCGAAGGGCCCGGUGUUGGAAGAUGAUGACUUCUACUUUGAUGACGGAUUGCUCGAUGAGCCUUCUCCGGAGGAGGGAGAGCAUACGUUUGAUGAGUCCGCUUUCGACGAUCCUAAUAGCGGGCUCUAUGAGCGGCCUGCCCCGGUCCCCAAGUCUCUUUCCGAAGAUGCUGAAGCCGCAAAAGAUCCCGAAGAGAACCCUGACCUACAGGAAGAACAAGAACCUGGAAAACACGCCUUAGCUCCGCAUCCUUCAAUGAAACAGCUUUCCCGGAACUUUCAGUCUGGGGAUCCUUUCGACUUUAAAAGUCCCGCUGACUAUUUUAGCGCUCUUGCUGAGGCUGCUACCAAGGCCGAGGCUGAAGGCCGGUUUGUUCGUAAAAACAGCGUUGCAACUACUACCGAUGUGUCAAUCUAUAGCCAAGAUGAGGAAGCGGAGCAAAGUCGUCCCGCCACCGCAGCCGUCCGUGAGUCUACAGAAUCUGCACCCAGCUUGGUACAGGAUUCAAGCCGGGUCAGCGGUGCUACCGAGAACUUCUUGGCUAGUACGUAUCCUGACACAGAGUAUGAAAGCUUUGACCAAGAUUUCGGAGGAGAUCCGUACGGAGAUAGUUACGGUGACGACUACGGCGAUUACGACAGUGCGCUGGAAGACGACCCCAUGAUCGCUGCUGCCAAUGCCGAGGCCCUCGCCAACGACUUUGACGGCGAGUAUGGCUCUGAAUUCGGCUUUUACGCCAAUGCCUACAACAAUGGGGCAGAAGUCACCAAUGGCGGAUACUUUGGUCCUAGCGGACUUGGCCGCAGCGUGAGCGGGCGGAACGCGGUACGCGAACCGAACCUCACACCCAUCACUGAGCGCAGUGAAUACAGCACGCGCAAUUCGUUCAUCGGCCUGGGCCACUUCACCGGACCGGGCUCCGCCAAUCCCGCGCUGCCUAGUCCCGGCCUCGCGCAGCUUGCCCGCAUGAGCCCCUAUGGCCUUCCACCAGGCGAAGACGAGUUUGCUGACUACGACAUGAGCCUCGAGCAGCUGAUGAAGCUGCGCAAGGGUGCAUUUGGCGCCGGUGCCGGUCCGACGAGCAGUCCUGGCGGUGGCAGCGCAGCGAGCAGUCCAAGAAACUCGAGCCCGUUAAGCUACUUCCCCAACAGCUUCCAACACAGAGCCACGAGCCCGGUGGCCACGAGGGGAAAGAGUGCGUGGGACGCAAUGCAGGGAAUCGAGGAACAACAGUCAGAUUCAGAUGAAGGUGAGGAUGGGUUCCGAGGUCAAGCUCAAGGGAUCCAGGACGAAGACGAGGACGAAGCAUUAGUCAAUGAAGCGAACCGCGGUGACGAGUCGGAACACGAGUCAACAUACAGCGUCCAGCGCGAAGACAACUCGAGCCAGGCCAACCGUAGCUCCCACGACCUCAACGACGAGACUCCGCACCACGGCAGUCCCAGCGCCAGUCCCCCCUCGCCCCAGCGGCCCGGCGUGCCCCACCAGAUCCAGACGCGAAACCUCCCGCAGCACAUCAACACGGCCGCCGCCGCCGCCUACGAUCCCUACGCGUACCCCUUCCUCCCCGAAAACCCGGGUAACAUUCCCGUCUCGGUCCCCGCGUCCGCCAUCUCCACCACAAGCACCUCGUCCCUCCCAUUCGGACACUCUGCCUCGGCGUCGACCGCCUCGGCUGGCCUGGCUCCGCCCUCGCAGAACCAGCAACAGAAGCAGCAGCAGCGUCCCACCAGCAGUGACGGAGCCGCCACCACCCCUCUAGCGCUGCCUAGCCCUGGGGCGGGCUCGCCGCUCACGCCGACGCUGUUCUCGCCGUUGUCGCCCCCGGAGCAGACGCCUGGCCCGGCGUCCCCGCUCUGGGACCGCGCGCACUCGAGCGCGCAUUCCCGCACGAGUAGCGGGGCUGCAGAGAGCGUGACGUAUGUGCGGGAGCGGAUUGGGGUGAAGAGCACGGAAGGUGGUGCGGUGGGGGAGGAGCGUGGAGAUGGCAGUGGCGGUGGCAAAGAGGGGGAUAAGGGGAAAGGCGAGCGUGAUGGUGAGGGCCACGGGCGUGGUGAGGCCGAAGGCACGGACGGGUAUAGGUGGGUGAUGGAGCGGCGGCGGACGUCGAAUUCGGGGGAGAUGGAGCUUGUGGGGCGAGAGGUCGUGAGAGGUGGAAGGAUCUGA